AUGUUUCCGCAGUCAAAUUAUCCAGUAGCAGUAGCGAAACCCAUUGUACAAUCUCGCUACCGAACACUUAACGAUUUCAUACCUAGUUUUCUACCGGGUUUAUUAGGUGCUGGUCAACUAUUUCUCUGGAUGGCGAUCAUUGGUCUCGAAAGCGCUAGUGUAUACUAUGAUGCUGGUCGUGGGACUAUUUAUGCUGGUUUUUGGUGUUCAAUUGUUUUCUUUGUAACGUGGAUCGCAACGUUUUGUUAUUUGUGUUGCGGAAAAUCAAGUGGCUGUGGAACUUAUUUAGUUAUUCAAAACAUAAUUAACAUAGUCUUUGCAAUCAUACUCACUAUAUUUACCGCACGUUUUGUUAAAAAUCCGUGUUUAUGCUACGGUGCAUUGUGUUAUAUUCCGAAUUGGGAUUUUAUUUAUAAUGAUGACUUUUACGAUUAUCAUGCAUACCCAUGUACAGAAAGAACGUUCAAAAAACUGUCUGUAUUAAAAGCUCUUCUUGCAUGUGCAAUUUUAAUGCUUGUUUGCAAUUUUAUCUUCAUCAUUGCUUAUAUUGUCGCUUCAAUACGAUUUCGUAAUCAUCAACAAUCAAAUUCACAACAGAUGAAUGUUGCAUUUCAGCAACAACCAGCAGGCGUACAUAUGGGAGUACAACCAGCUUAUUAUCCAUCUUCCAUGGGUUAUCCUUCUAAUGUGCAUCAACAAUCCGUUCCAACUCAAUACCCAUCAGCACCACCAAAUUAUUAUCCAUCGCUAGACAAAUAUUAA